AUGCGCUUCUCAUCUCUCACGGGCCUUUCAGCCGUUGGCUUGGCCGCAUUGGCCACCUGCGAUACCACCUACGACUACAUCGUCGUCGGCGGUGGCCCCUCAGGCCUCAUCACCGCUGAGCGCCUCACUGAAGCCAACAAGAAGGUCCUGCUACUCGAGCGCGGCCCAGGCCCAACCGUCGCAACUGGGUCUAACCACACUCUCCCAUGGGACAGCUCGCUCACUCCCAUUGACGUCCCAGGUCUCUCGUCUGCAGUCGGUGGCCUUGACUUGUGGAACGAGUACAUGUGCGACGACACCGCAGGACUGGCAGCUUGUGUUCUCGGAGGCGGCGUCACUGUCAACUUCAUGGUCUUUGUCCACCCUCCCGCGCGCGACUUCGACGAUAAGUGGCCCAAGGGCUGGAAGUGGAACGAUGUCGCGCCAGCUGCCAACAGGUUGUACGCCCGCAACCCCGGAACCCUUGAGCCAUCCCAGAACAAGCAGCGAUACGACACUGGCUUGUACAACACCCUGUCUGGGUUCUUCAACACAAUUGGCUGGAAGUCGGUCGACAUGAUCAAGCAGCCCAACGAGAAACACCAGGUCUACAGCUGGCCAUCCUGGAACGUCAAGGACGCGCAGCGCGCCGGACCCGUCAAGACGUACCUCCCUCUUGCACAGAAACAAAAGAACUUCACUCUUCGUCUCGGCACCAAGGUCAUCCGCGUUGUACGAUCUGGCUCCAAGGCCACCGGUGUUGAAGUUGAGACCGCCGAUGGUAAGAAGCAGAUCAUCAAGCUUGCUAAGAACGGCCGAGUCGUCCUCUCCGCUGGCGCUCUCACAACCCCUCGUCUUCUAUUCAAUUCUGGCAUUGGUCCCAAGAAGCAAAUCCAGACUGCCAAGCAGACGGGCGUCACUCUUCCCGCCGAAAGACACUGGAUUGAGCUGCCUGUUGGCGAGAACCUCAUGGACCACCCCAUCUUCUCCUUCAACGUCAAGACCGGAGGCGCAUACGGCAUGCUCGAUACCGACAGUGUUUUGAACGGCACCGAUUCCAAGAACAUCAAGCUCUACGAGGACAAGUCAGCUGGAAUCCUGACCCAAGGCCGCCAUCGCGUGAUUUUCUUCACUUCGCAAAAGGGACCCGACGGCGUGACUCGAUACUUCCAAGGUUCCUGUGCUGCCUCUGGCGAUGGUGUUGUCUCCAUUAAAGUCUACAUGACCCAUGGUCUGACCUCAUCCGGUGUGCUAGGCCUGACCAAAGACGGCAAGACUGUGUUUGAUCGCUCGCCAUACCUGCAGACCAAGGGAGAUACCGAGACUGCCAAGAUCUUUGUUGAAGAUUUCGUAAAGUCCAUCACCAAGGCCUCCACCGGCUUCGAGCUCCAGCCAGCUACCAACACCUCGGCAAUUCUUGCGUCACCUGCCAACGGCAACCAUUUCGCCGGUACUGCCAAGAUGGGCGCUGAUGACGGCCGCAAGGGCGGAUCUUCUGUCGUUGAUACCAACACCAAGGUGUACGGCAUGGACAACCUCUUCAUUACCGAUGCCAGCAUUCACCCUGAUCUUCCUACCGGAAACAUCCAGACUAUCGUCAUGGUUGCUGCCGAGGCCGCGGUGGCAAAGAUCCUCGCCUGUUAG